GUGUGUUUCUUAAAUCAAAAAAUGAAUGGUUUUUGUGUUUCAAUCGAAAGUUAUAACUUUAAACAGUAUUUAUGAAGUGUGCCCGUGCAAAUAAAAACUUCACACUGAUACCUAUCAUCUGAAAAAAAAUUAGUUAAUUAAGUUUGAUAAAUAGUGGAAUUAUACGAAUUUACUUUCCGUCCGGACUUUUGGGACACCCUGUAGAUCGAAAUGCGAAGUAUCAACUUAUAUGAAUAACUUUUUUGUGUUAUUUAGACCAAGGUCAACAAGCGAUAAGUAAGUAUCGUAAUCUAUAGAAAAAGAACAUGUUUCUUUACUAUUUACGACAGAUGGCGAAGAAACACCAAUUUCUCAUCCGAUUUAAUAGAAAUUUGCCUCAGUAUAAGAAGAAAUCAUGUGCGUAUAGACAGUAUACUGUACUACAGAUCGAGACUCAAUUAUGACCGUAAUGUCAAGAACUACUAUUAGAUUCGAUCAUUGGUACAUUCACACACUUACACCAAUACCUCCCAUUCUCAACAAGUAUGAACAACAAUUUUAUUUUAUAAAGCCCCUCAUUAUACUAUAAAUUCUAAAUUAAAGCACACACUUAUGUUCUACUUAUUAUUUCUAAUAACUCGAGACGAAAAUAUGUAAUCGUCAACCAUUUAGAAGGCUUUAUAAUUUUGUCUGUUCUAUGUGUUGAUGUAUUACUAACAAAAUCAUGUCACUCAUUCAUUCUACGCAUGAAUAGUCUGUAUAUUAUAGUGAAAAAAAGAAAAACAAACAUCGUACAUGUCUAUCAAUCUGACGAAAUAUUUCUAACUAACAAAUGUAGCUAUAUAGAUAUAUAGUGAAAAAAAAAUAGAUGAAAAAUAUUGGAUUAUUUUUUGUUAAAUUUUAUGUUUUCUUUGAAGGCUUUGAUAUGCGUGGAAUUUGGUGUAUAUUUGGUUCAUCAGUUGAUACUCAUCAACAAGUUCCAAGUUGUUUUAAUAUUGCACAUCGUAGUUCUGACUGUUUUCGUUUUGAGAAUGUUAAUCAUUUUUCAAAAUGUGUUUUUGGUUUUUAUCGUCUCACAAUUGUUGAUAAUAUUUAUGGUAUGCAACCAAUGCGUAUCACAGUAGUAUCAAAUCAAUCAUUAAAAGUUGAACCUGUGGAAUCGGGUACAUAUGAAGAAUAUAAAUUAAAUAAAAAUGAAAAAGUACAAUUUGUUAAAAAAGAACGUUUUCAUUCGAUUGAAACAUUUCCAAAAUAUGAUGUUAAUGUUAAUUUAACAGGUAAUUAA